GAGAAGAAGAGCAUGCUCAUGGACCUCGUGCACGCGGUGAAGGGGCUGACGUUGGUCUUCGUGGAGACGGAAACCGGCGUGGAUCAGCUCGAGGAUUGGCUCAGCCGAGAGGGCUUCCCGAGCACGAGCAUCCACGGCUACCGCACGCAGCAAGUGCGCGAAUACGCGCUCAAUUCCUUCAGGAGCGGGCGGACGCCCAUCCUCGUCACGACGGACGUCGCCACGCUCGGGCUCGACGAUGUCCCUCACGUCUCGCACGUCAUCAAUUUCGAUCUCCCCUCGAACAUCGAUGGGUACGUGCACCGCAUCGGACUCACGGCAAGGGCGGGGAAUAAAGGGCUCGCGACCGCGUUCUUCACGGACAAGGACGCCGGGCUCGCGCGGCCGUUGAGAAGGAUCUUGUCCGAGGAGGUGCAGGAGGUGCCGGACUUCCUCUACAAGUUCAUAUCU